UGGUUGUUGACAGAAAACAUUGGGGAUUAAUUCAGCAGCAGCCUCAACCAUAGCUCCAAGUGAAGAAGGGAAGUCUUAACUACCUAAUGGUAAUCAAAAGAAGAAGAAUUGCAAUUACAUGGUCAACAACAAUUCACAUGGUAUCUACCAUCUUCAUCUUGUACCCAAUAUUGUUGUGUUGUUGUCAAACAUGUGCAGCAAGAGAUACCAUAAGGCAGAAUGAUCCGAUCAGUGAUGGUGAUGGAGAAACUCUCUUGUCUGCUGGUAAGACAUUUGAAUUGGGGUUCUUCACCCCUAAUGGGAGCUCUAGUCACCAAAGAUAUGUUGGUAUAUGGUAUUACAGGUUGGAGCCGAAAACCGUUGUGUGGGUAGCCAAUAGAAACGACCCACUGCCUGAUUCCACUGGAGUUUUGUCCAUUCAAGAUGGUAACCUCGUGUUGAAUUCGAAUGGAAGAGGGAGACCUUUCUGGUCAACCCCUCUCCAGAAAUCGUCAUCCACAGAAAAGGUAGCGCAGCUCAUAGAUUCCGGGAACCUGGUUCUGAAGAAUGAUCAGCUGCCAACAAGUCUGUGGCAAAGCUUUGGAAACGCAACUGAUACUUUUCUUCCAGGUAUGAAGAUGGAUGGCAACUUGGUGUUGACUUCAUGGAAAAGCAGCAGUGACCCGGGUUCGGGGAACUUCACUUUCAGGAAAGAUCAAGUAGCACAGAGCCUGUACAUCAUCCAGAAUGGGCCUAAUACAUACUGGAAGAGUGGGAUACCAGAUGAUUCCAUUACAUCCGGUCGGGACCAUAAUAUUUAUUCUGAAUUAUCCAAAAUGUUAUCAAAUUCCAGCAUUAAUAGUAGCCAACCAAAAACCUCUUUUCAUUAUAGGAGGUUGGUGAUGAAAUUUUCCGGCCAGAUAGAGUAUCUACAGUUCCGUAAUCAGACGGGCUCUUGGCAUUCGCUUUUGAAGGAACCAAAAGACAGAUGCGAUGGGAAUAAUCCCUGUGGGAGUUUUGGCAGCUGCAGUACUAGAAAUAGGAUUUUGUGCAGGUGUUUGCCAGGAUUCCAACCAAAAUUUCCAGCAAAGUGGAAUGGUGGAGAUUUUUCGGGGGGCUGUAGAAGAAUUUCACCCCUGUGCAGCAAGAAUGACACUUUUUUGAGGCUAGAGAAGAUGAGAGUGAAAAAAUCAGACACACAGUUCAACACUACAAAUGAAAAAGAAUGCGAAAAUUACUGCAACAGAGACUGUAACAACUGCCAGGCUUAUGCCUAUGUUGAAGCCGAGACUCGUGCAGACACUGCCAUCUGUAUGAUUUGGGAGGAAAAUCUUAAUGACAUUCAGGAGGCGUAUUUGGAUGGCGGCCAUGAUCUCUAUGUGCGUGUGGCAGUUUCUGAUAUAGAACCGAUGGGAAGAAAUUGUAAGAUUUGUGGAACUAAUAUUAUCCCAUAUCCGCUAAGCACCGGAACUGACUGCGGUGAUCCCAAGUACUUGAGUUUCUACUGUAAAAACUCCACAGGCCAAGUUAUUUUUAUGAGACCGAAUAACACAUCUUACCAAGUCACUAGCAUCAGGCCAGAAGCAAAAGAAUUUUCCAUUCAACUUGGUGAAGAUAAUUGUAUAGCAAGUAGCGAUGCCAUGAAGAAACUUCUGGAGUUCAACCAGGACUCACCAUUUUUGGUGAAAAGUGGGUGCACGGCAGAGAAGAGUACUUCUAGUUUGUAUCCAUUUUCUGAUGCUGAAUGGUUACGCGAAAUACAGAUUGAGUGGAGACCUCCAUUGGAACCAAUCUGUAAUUCUACUGAAGACUGCAAGUACUGGCCUCAUUCAAAUUGCAAUACAACAGGAGAUGGACAGAAAAGGUGUCAUUGCAAAAUAAACUAUCAGUGGGAUCCCACAAAUGUCAGUUGCAUUCCAGUAGAAGCAGGUCCUUCACAGAGAAAGCAGCAGCCAUAUGUGAUCUUCAUUGGGAGUGUUGUAGCUGUGAUUGUUAUCUCAUGCUUCACUGUCUUUAUAUAUUAUUUGAGGAGAAGAAGGGUGUCAGAGAUGCAAGAACACAGGGGAAGUAUUCAAGGAAAUCCAGUGCUUCAUCUGCGUCACAGUGAGAGACGAGUCAAAGACUUGAUUGGCUGGGGCCAGUUCACAGAAGAUGACAGGGAAGGCAUAGAUGUACCAUUUUUUGAUCUGGGAAGUAUACUAGCUGCUACAAAUAAUUUGUCAGAUGCAAAUAAGCUAGGGCAAGGAGGUUUUGGCCCAGUAUACAAGGGGAGCUUUCCAGGAGGACAAGACAUUGCUGUGAAGAGGCUCUCAAGUGUUUCAGGACAAGGACUAGAAGAGUUCAAGAAUGAGGUUGUGCUGAUUGCCAAACUUCAGCAUCGAAAUCUUGUCAGACUUUUGGGCUAUUGUGUUGAAGAAGAUGAAAAGAUAUUACUCUACGAGUAUAUGCCAAACAAAAGCUUAGACUCCUUCAUAUUUGACCGAACGCUUCGCUUCUUAUUGAACUGGGAGAAACGCUUUGACAUCAUUUUGGGGAUAGCUCGCGGGCUUCUUUAUCUUCAUCAAGAUUCUAGGCUGAGGAUCAUUCACAGAGACCUGAAAACAAGCAACAUUCUGCUGGAUGAGGAGAUGAAUCCCAAAAUUUCGGACUUUGGCUUGGCAAGGAUUUUUGGGGGCAAACAAACUGAAGCAAGCACAAACAGAGUAGUUGGAACUUAUGGCUAUAUGUCUCCAGAGUAUGCACUAGAUGGCUUCUUUUCCAUUAAAUCUGAUGUUUUCAGCUUCGGUGUUGUUGUACUCAAGAUCAUCAGCGGGAAAAGGAACACUGGAUUUUAUCAGUCUCAACAAGCUUUAAGCCUUCUGGGUUAUGCAUGGAGACUGUGGCAAGAGAACAAGGCAUUGGACUUGAUGGAUCAGUCACUGCAUGAAACAUGUGAUGUUGCUGAAUUUUUGAGAUGUGUAAAUGUUGGGCUCCUCUGUGUUCAAGAAGACCCGAGCGAUCGUCCUGUCAUGUCGAAUGUAGUUUUCUUGCUUGGCAGUGAAACUGCAACUCUUCCAACUCCUAAACAACCAGCUUUUGCUGUGAGAAGAGGGGUUUUCAGCACAUCUUCUUCAUCUAGUAAACCAGAGACAUGUACCAAUGAGUUAACAGUCAGUGUAGACGGCAGAUAAAGGAGGAGGUCAUCUCCACAACUACUCUCGGUACUCUCUAUUUAUCAAUGUUGAGAAUAUUCUUGUUCUACAGAGCGAAUUUUACUGGAAGGUAUUACUUCUUCGCCAUUAAAUGUGAACUUUUUAUGAUAAUAAAUUAGGCGGCGGGGCAAUUUCAUUAGGGAUGGGAGAGAAA